GUUAGCGUAGCACACGAUGCCGCUCAUUGUAAUGUGCGGACUUCCUUGCAGCGGAAAAUCAACGCUGGGCGCGACGCUAAAGGAGCACUUUAAGCGAACGUGGGUAGUUGAACUUGUCUCCGAUGACGAAGGCCUCGCGCGGAACGACGUCUACACAGAUGCGGCGCGGGAGAAGCAGUUGCGGGACCAGCUCAAAUCGGACGUGGCGCGGUUGCUCUCGCGGGACCGCCUGGUGAUACUAGAUGCCAACUAUAUCAAAGGCUACCGGUACGAGUUGUAUUGCCUGGUGCGAGGGGCACGGACAAACCACUGUGUAGUGCAAGUGCUGGCUACCCAGGAACAGUGCAAGCAGUGGAAUGGGGAGCGGCCUCAUGUACUGCAGUAUGCACCAGAGGUGCUGAAUGCCCUGGCUGAACGGCUCGAGCCUCCUGAUGCAAACAACCGCUGGGAUCGGCCACUUGUUCAGCUGUCCUGGGACACAGAUGAUGCAGGGGCUGCCAAGGAAGUUGAAAAUGCACUGUCUGGCCACCAGCCACUGCCACCCCACCGUUCCACACAGAAUGCGCCCCUGGUUGCAGACUUGCACGAGCGGGACCAGCUGACACGCAACAUAGUGCAGACAAUGCUGCAGUCUGCCGACCCAACCCUGCCACCUGCUGGCCAACUGCACAGGCUGCGACGCCAGUUCUUGGCUUGGAGUGGGACACGGCCCCUGUCCGAACUGCCACAGCUGUUCGACCUGUACGUGCGGAGUGGUGGCGACCAGUGCUAGGCGUCUGC